CGCGUGAAACUUCGCGUCGGCCACUCAUGAGAUCCGCGACGACCCCCCGCGCGUCCACUUGCUGCAAGUUGCCUCGAGACGCAUCGCGGCCGUCAUGGAUCAGUCGGUCGCCAUCCAAGAGAGCCUCCGACGAGAGGAAAACUGCCUCUUAGCGGUGCAAUGCCACGUCCUCUCGGACGACGCCGCCGAGAGCCGACUGCUGGGAUUGGUGGAGGCCGGCAAAGAACGCGCAAUCUUCAUUUACACCCAUCGGAGGAUGGCCAUUACCGCAGACGACGUGUGCCUGGAGGACGUCAUACCCAUCGACCUCCACUUUGCCGUCGUCGAGGUUUCCUCCCCCGAGGAGCUCGUACUUGUCGGUGCUGAUACGCGAGUACGAAUGAGCUACAAGGAUGAAAGUCUGGAGCUCAAACUUCCCUUCGGGUCUCACUCGAGACUCUUCCUUGGGGAGGUCAUUCGCGCUUGGAGCGACGUUUGCGAGUUUCCAACCCGACAAGCCAAAUUUGAGUGGAUCGGCAAAUACCGAACAGCCACCGGAGGCCCGGGACUCGUCAAACAAGCCCUGGCACCUCUCGGCGCAACGCUGAAUAAACUCAACCAGCACAAGAAAACAGAGAAAUCGACAGACAAGAAAAAGCGAAGCUUGGAACGGCUGCAGGCCUCCAACAGCGCGACGGCCAGCUCCAGCGCAGAGAGUCGGGACGCCUCGGGCCGGGACGAGCGAGACGAGCGGGCCGCCGACCCCCCCGUUCCGGCCGUGCCGCGGGCGGGCCUGCGGGACGAGCUCAUCAAGUGCGAGCUGCUGAAGAACGAGGACCUGUACAUUUACCGAGAGCAUUUCAGCUUUUUUCUAGGCACGUACAAUGUGAACGGGCAGACGCCCAAAGAGAGCCUGCGGCCGUGGCUGAGCUGCACGCCCGAGCCUCCGGACAUGUACUGCGUGGGUUUCCAGGAGCUGGACCUCAGCAAAGAGGCCUUCUUCUUCAACGACACUCCAAAAGAGAUGGAGUGGACAAAAGCCGUGUCUGACGCCGUGCAUCCCGAUGCCAAGUAUGCCUUGGUGAAGCUGGUGCGGCUGGUGGGCAUCAUGCUGAUCUUCUAUGUGAAGAAGGAGCACGCCGAGUUCAUUUCGGACGUGGAGGCCGAGUCGGUGGGAACCGGCAUCAUGGGGAGGAUGGGCAACAAGGGCGCGGUGGGCCUCCGCUUUCGCUUCCACAACUCGGACAUCUGCGUGGUCAACUGCCACCUGGCGGCGCACGCCGAAGAGUACGAGAGGCGCAAUCAGGACUACAAAGACAUUUGCGGCCGCCUGCUGUUUCGCCAGGCCGACCCCGCCCGGCCGCCGCUGACCAUCAUGAAGCACGACGUGGUCUUCUGGAUCGGCGACCUCAACUACAGGAUCGGCGAGCUGGAUGUCGCCGACGUGAAGGACCUCGUCGGCAAGAAGGACUUUGAGAUGCUGCGGGCGUACGAUCAGCUCAAAAGGCAGAUCGAAGAGGAGGCGGUGUUCGUGGGCUUCGCCGAGGGGGAGAUCCAUUUCCAGCCCACCUACAAAUAUGACGCCGGCUCUGACAUGUGGGACAGCAGUGAAAAAUGCCGCGCGCCGGCGUGGUGCGACCGCAUCUUGUGGCGAGGGAAGGACAUCAGUCAGCGGCAUUACCGCAGUCACAUGACGCUGAAGACCAGCGACCACAAACCCGUCAGCUCCCUGCUCGUCGUCGGGGUCAAGAGGGUGAAUGGCGACUCCUACAAGAAGACCUUUGAAGAGAUCGUUCGCAAUUUGGACAAAAUGGAGAACGAGUGCAUCCCGUCCGUCACCUUGUCCGAACGAGAGUUCCACUUUGAGGAGGUGAAGUACAUGGCGCACCAGGCCAGGACGCUGAGCAUCUUCAACGACGGCCAGGUGCCGUGUCACUUUGAGUUCAUCCCCAAGCCCAACGAGGUGGCGUACUGCAAGCCCUGGCUGACGGCCAACCCCCCCAAGGGCUUCAUCGCUCAGGGCGCUUCGGUGGACGUCGACCUGGAGGUUUUCGUCAACCGCGCCACGGCGCCCGACUUGAAUUCGGGCGAGCAGGAGAUGGAAGACAUCCUGGUUCUCCACCUGGAGCGCGGCAAGGACUACUUCAUCUCGGUGACGGGAAGCUACCUGCCCAGUUGCUACGGCACCCCCGUCCGCGUCCUCUGUCGCCUCAGGGAGCCCAUCCGGGACGUGCCGAGGGAGAGCCUCCGUCAAAUGAUGGCGGCGUCGGCGCACGAGAACGCCGCAAGUGCCGAGAAGCCUCUGGACAUCCCCAAAGAACUGUGGAUGAUGGUGGAUCACCUGUUUCGCAACGCAAUCAAGCAGGAAGACAUCUUUCAACAACCGGGACUCCGCAGCGAAUUUGCAGAAAUCCGCGACUGCCUUGACACCGGCGCGGCCGAUUCUCUCUCCGGCGGCAACCACUCGGUGGCGGAGGCCUUGCUUCUCUUCCUGGACGCCCUCCCGGAGCCCGUCGUUCCCUACGCCUUCUACCGCCAGUGCCUGGAGUGUUGCUCCGACGCCGUCCAGUGCGAAAAGGUGGUCUCCGCGCUACCUCCGUGCCACCGAAAUGUUUUUCAUUAUUUAGCCGCCUUCUUGCGGGAGCUGUUGAAGAAUUCGGCCAGCAACCGAUUAGACGUUACCAUCGUAGCCACCAUCUUUGCCUCGUUGCUCCUGCGGUCGCCGACCAAGCAGGACCUCGCGGAGAAGAGGAAGGCCAGGGAGUUCUUUCAGCACUUCUUGGGCCAGAGCUCAUCCACCUCGUCCUAGAUGGAAGGGAGGACCACAUUGAAAUAAAACGCACACGGAGACACGCAACUGCCUUCCCAUAUUUGAGAUCAUUUUGCAUGUUUGUGAAGAGUUUUCAGACAC